GAAUGUGAUGGAAAGAGAAGAUCAUCCUCUAGAUUCUCAGCUGCUUCAACAGCUUGAUACAACCUCCUCAUGUUCACACGAUUGUAUGUGAAUUGGACAUUGUACAAGUUCCCAUUUGAAUGGUGGCUGUGGAAGUCUUUGGCGAAUCUCAAAAGCACUUCAUCAGCCUCAACACGGUAGAUGUAACCCUGAAAUACACCGUGAGUCUUUAUGUGGCAUAUAGAAUGCAAUGACAAUGAUAUUUUGGAAACUUAAGAAACCAAGGCAUUUUGU